AAAGGGAAAUAACUCUUGCACUUUAUGGUACUUCCGGAAAGUAAACAAGCAGAACGCAAACAAUGUUUGGGAAGAAGAAACAGGCUCCUCAGACUCAAUCGAGGAAGGGGACAGCGCUAAUGAAUCAAAUGGGGUUUGGUGGUAUGGAGGAUGACACAAUGCAUGGAGGAAUGGAUGAUGAUGAUGAUGACUUGGAGGCGGAGCUGGCAGCUCUGACUGGUGGUGAGGUAAAGAAACCAGCAGCCAAGAGGAAAGCUCCACUGGACAUGUCCGUGAUUAACAAAAUGGCUGCUGAGAGUAUGAGAGACAUCGGCAGUGAUGAAGAGCUGUCUGACACUGAGGACCCAGACUUGCUGGCUGAGCUGGAGGAUUUGAACACCGGUGACAGCCCCUCCCCCCCCCAGUCUACCCCCAGCCCUGAGAAGAUCCCCGCCUCCAACACCUCGAACCAGGUGGUCCUACUGCAGGAGAGGUUGAGCAUGUACCAACAGGCCUCGGCCAAUGCCAAGGCUGCAGGAGAUGCUUCCAAACAGAGGAGACUUGACAGGGGGUUGAAGACACUGACCGACAUGUGUAAGAGAGCCAAGUCAGGCCAACCUGUUGAGGAGAGUGAGAUUCCUCCCCCUGUAGCACUCGGUGCUGUCUCAGCUCAGUCCUCACCGAAACAUGAUGUCUCUCCAUUACAGCCAGCUGAACAGCCAUCCCCACCUAAACAACCAUCCCCACCUAAACAACUAUCUCCAGCUCCUCGUGUACAGCCGACUGUGCCUCACCAACCUCCUGUCACGCCACCAGCUCCGGCAGCAAAUGUCAAUGAGCUGAAGGUGCUGCAGACCAGGAGGGACCAGUACAAGAAUGCCGCUCUGAUGGCCAGGAAGAACAAUGAUCUCCCCACUGCGGCUAAAUAUGUCAAGAUCUGUAAACAAUUUGACAGUGUCAUGGCUGCCGCAGGUGACGGACGACCGAUAGACUUGUCCCAGAUGCCGCCAUCGCCACCAGAAUUUGGAGGACCCCAGAUCAAAGAAACAACACAACCACAAACAGAACCCAGAGUGGAACGAGCUGCAAAGCAGGCUGCCCCGCCCGAACCUGAGGGGGCUGAAGAAGUUCCCCAACCCCCAUCAGCAGAGGAGGCUCGUGAAUUGUUCAAGGCACCACCAGCUCCAGGCUCAGUGAUGGAGGCUCUACAGCAGAGGCUACAGAAGUACCAGUCAGCAGAGGCUGAGGCCAAGACUGCAGGGGAGGGCAGUAAAGCCAGGAGGAUGGGCCGGAUAUCCAAGCAAUACCAAGAUGCUAUCAAGGCUGUGAAAAGCCGGAGACAGUGUGACUUCUCGGAGUUGCCUUCACCCCCAGGUUUUGCUCCUAUCCCUGUUGGUAACGCUGCUCCGGCUGCAGCCCCCUCCAACCAACCUCCAGCAAAACCCCAGGGUCAGACAGCCCCCUCCCCACAGAAAGCUGCACCUCAACCAGCUCCAGCAGCUGCCAGGCCUGCCCCUGCACAGCAGCCACAGAUCAUCAAAACGGCAGGCUCAAGGAAGAGCAUCUCAUCACGUGCAGAACAACAGGAACGCUUCCUCCAAGAGCGCUAUGAAGAGUUCAAGCAGGCUGCACUCAAGGCCAAGCGGAACAAUGAGAUUGAGUUGGCAAAGAACUACAUGAGGUGUAUGCAUGGGAUGAAGCCCAUGUUACAGGCAGCAGCAGCAGGCCUCCCGGUGGAUCUGGCACAGGUUCCCCCUUCCCCGAUAGCAGACUUUGAGGAAGAGGACAAGUUUGUUGUUGUGGAGGCGGAUGAUUGCACACCGACGGGGGACAGGGAGGAGGUGUUCGAAACACUCAAACAGGAUCUCAUCAGGCAGAUCAGGAUAUGUUCCACUAAUUCCCAGCACUUCACCAAGUUGGGAGACGUGGCCUCCGCUGCUAAGUGA